CGCCGGAGACUCGACUCCUUUAUUCCAACUCGAUAUCAGUUUUUUUCUGCUUUUGAGGAGAAACAGUGUGUGGAUCUCCUCAGUCCGGUUUCCGGCUCCCCUCCGGUUCUCCUCCUGAAGCGUCUUUCUCCUACUUUUGCAGUUCUCCUUCCUCUUCUCCAACAUGUUGGAUCCGUCUUCCAGUGAGGAGGAAGGUGAGGAGAUGCUGGAGGUGGAGCGCAAAGAGGCGGCGGCUCCGCGGAGCCUCGGCGGCGGCGGCGGAGCGCGGCUGUCCCCGGGCCGCGCGGCCGACGCUCACGGCGGCGGCGGCGGAGGCGGCGGCGGAGGGCUCCAGCCGCGGGGCCGAGGGAGCGGCUCCGGCGGCGCCGGUGGCGGCGGCGGCGGCGGAGGACGCCCCUCCAGCCACAGCCCGUCGGUGGGGAGCGACAAGGAGAAGGAGGACCUGGAGAAGAUGCAGCGGGAGGAGGAGGAGAGGAAGAAGAGGCUCCAGCUCUACGUGUUCGUCAUGCGCUGCAUCGCGUAUCCGUUCAACGCCAAACAGCCCACGGACAUGGCCCGGAGACAGCAGAAGAUCAGUAAACAGCAGCUGCAGACAGUUAAAGAACGGUUCCAGUCGUUCCUCAAUGGGGAGACGCAAAUCGUGGCCGACGAGGCUUUUAUCAACGCUGUGCAGAGUUACUAUGAGGUCUUCCUGAAGAGUGAUCGUGUUUGCCGGAUGGUCCAGAGUGGCGGCUGCUCGGCCAGCGACUCACGGGAGGUUUUUAAGAAGCACAUUGAGAAGCGAGUCCGAAGCCUCCCCGAGAUAGAUGGUUUGAGCAAAGAGACGGUGCUGAGCUCGUGGAUAGCUAAGUUUGACACCAUUUACCGAGGAGAGGAGGAUCCCAGGAAGCACCAGCAGAGGAUGACCGCUAGCGCCGCCUCCGAGCUCAUCCUCAGCAAAGACCAGCUCUACGAGAUGUUCCAGCAGAUCCUUGGCAUCAAGAAGUUUGAGCACCAGCUCCUCUACAAUGCCUGCCAGCUGGAUAACCCUGAUGAACAGGCAGCUCAGAUCAGGAGGGAACUGGACGGACGGCUGCAGAUGGCCGACCAGAUCGCCCGGCUCGGUGGCAGGUUCCCGAGGUUCGCAUCCAGAGAGAUGGAGGCCAUGUUCAUCGAGGAGCUGAGGUCGUCGGUAAACCUCCUCAUGGCCAACCUGGAGAGCAUGCCCGUGUCCAAAGGAGGAGAGUUCAAAUUACAGAAGCUGAAACGAGGCCACAACACAUCCAUCAUGGACAUGGGUCAGGAGGACGAGAACACGCUGUCCAAGUCAGACGUGGUGUUGUCCUUUACACUGGAGGUGGUCAUCGUGGAGGUCCAGGGACUGAAGUCUUUGGCCCCCAACAGGAUCGUCUACUGCACCAUGGAGGUGGAGGGGGGACACAAACUACAGACGGACCAGGCAGAGGCGUCCAAGCCCAUGUGGGGGACCCAGGGGGACUUUACCACCACCCAGCCGUUACCUGCUGUGAAGGUGAAGCUGUUCACUGAGUCCACCGGGGUGUUGGCACUGGAGGACAAGGAGCUGGGACGGGUGGUCCUCCACCCCACCCCCAACAGCCCCAAACAGUCAGAGCUCCAUAAGAUGACGGUGUCCAAAGGCUGCGGCGACAGCGACCUCCGCAUCAAACUGGCCAUUCGCAUGGACAAACCCCAGAACAUGAAGCAUUGUGGGUACCUGUGGGCCAUCGGUAAGAAUGUGUGGAAGAGAUGGAAGAAGAGGUUCUUUGUCCUCGUUCAGGUGAGUCAGUACACCUUUGCCAUGUGCAGCUACAGAGAGAAGAAGGCGGAGCCAGUGGAGCUGCUGCAGUUGGAUGGUUACACUGUAGACUACACUGACCCACAACCAGGUUUGGACGGUGGUCGGACAUUCUUCAAUGCUGUGAAAGAGGGAGACACUGUGAUCUUUGCCAGCGAUGAUGAGCAGGACCGGAUCCUGUGGGUCCAGGCCAUGUACCGGGCCACGGGCCAGUCCCACAAACCAGUCCCUCCCACCCAGGUCCAGAAGCUGAACUCCAGGGGGGGCACGGCACCGCAACUGGACGCACCCAUAUCCCAGUUCUCUGGAUUAAAGGACGCUGAUCGAGCCCAGAAACACGGCAUGGAUGAGUUUAUUUCUGCUAACCCCUGUAACUUUGACCACGCUUCGCUGUUUGAGCUGGUCCAGCGCCUCACAUUGGACCACAGACUCAAUGACUCCUACUCCUGCCUGGGCUGGUUCAGUCCGGGUCAGGUGUUUGUGUUGGAUGAGUACUGUGCUCGUUACGGCGUCCGUGGUUGCCACCGACACCUGUGCUACCUGAGCGACCUCCUGGAGAGGGCGGAGAACGGCGCCAUGAUCGACCCCACCCUCCUUCACUACAGCUUCGCCUUCUGUGCCUCCCAUGUCCACGGAAACAGUCAACGUGUGUCCGAGUUGUUAAACUGGCCAAUUUCUGAGGCCGAACUGGAGCGAGCCCUGUUCGCCUCCCCCCCUGAAUCCCCCGCCCAAACCAGGAAAGAACUACGAAUCAUUGAGUUCAUGAAGAAGAGGGACUUCAGGUCUCCACUGUUCUCUGGAUCCAGAAGACCCGAUGGCAUCGGGACGGUGACGGUGGAGGAGAAGGAGCGAUUCGAGGAGAUCAAGGAGCGACUACGAGUUCUUCUGGAAAAUCAGAUCACGCAUUUCAGGUACUGCUUUCCCUUCGGACGACCAGAGGGGGCACUGAAGGCCACACUGUCGCUGCUGGAGCGGGUCCUGAUGAAAGACAUCGUCACCCCGGUUCCACAGGAUGAGGUCAAAGCCGUGAUCCGAAAGUGUCUGGAGCAGGCGGCGCUGGUCAACUACCAGCGUCUGUCGGAAUACGCCAAACUGGAAGUGGAGAAUAAAAACCUGACGGAUCCAGAGAAUGUAGGCCGGUUAGUCACCCCCGCCAAAAAACUGGAGGACACCAUCCGUCUGGCGGAGCUGGUCAUCGAGGUCCUUCAGCAGAACGAGGAGCAUCACGCCGAGGGAAAAGAGGCCUUCGCAUGGUGGUCCGACCUGAUGGUGGAACACGCCGAGACCUUCCUGUGCCUGUACUCGGCCGACAUGGAUGCCGCUCUGGAGGUCCAGCCCCCUGACAGCUGGGACAGCUUCCCACUGUUCCAGCUGCUCAAUGACUUCCUGAGGAUAGACUAUAACCUGUGCAACGGGAAGUUCCACAAACACCUCCAGGACCUGUACGCCCCCCUGGUGGUCCGAUACGUGGACCUGAUGGAGUCAUCCAUCGCUCAGUCCAUCCACAGAGGUUUCGAGCGGGAAUCCUGGGAACCCGUCAAGACGUUAACGGGCGUUGGCCUCCAAAUGCCCAAAGUCCCCAACCUAUCAGGGACCACCGUUAACUUCGCUCCACCCAUACCUGGCUUUGCCCCGCCCACCUGGAUGACGCCCACCUCUGACUCCGAUAACGGCUCGGGGACAUCCGAGGACCUCUUCUGGAAGUUGGAUGCCCUUCAGACGUUCAUCAGGGACCUGCACUGGCCCGAGGAGGAGUUCGGCAAACACCUGGAGACCCGGCUGAAGCUGAUGUCCAGCGACAUGAUAGAAUCCUGCAUCAAACGGACUCGGGCGGCUUUUGAGGCCAAGCUUCAGAGGAGCAGCAGAGGGACAGACUUCCGCGUCCCACAAUCCAUCUGCACCAUGUUUAACGUCAUGGUGGAUGCCAAGGUCCAGUCAGCCAAGCUGUGUGCCAUGGACCUGGGCCAGGAGUUUGUUAGAGACUGGAGACAGUAUCAUUCCCAGAUCGACAACCUGAUUGAGGAGACGGUGAAGGAGAUGACAACGCUGCUGGUGGCCAAGUUCGUGGUCAUAUUAGAGAGUGUUUUAGCCAAAAUCUCCAGAUACGAUGAAGGAACGCUCUUCUCUUCCUUCCUAUCUUUCACAGUGAAAGCUGCCUCGAAGUACGUGGACGUUCCUAAGCCUGGGAUGGACGUUGCCGACGGUUACGUGACAUUCGUGCGUCACUCCCAGGACAUGCUGAGGGAGAAGGUCAAUGAGGAGGUGUACGUGGAGCGGUUAUUUGACCAAUGGUACACCAGCACCAUGAACCUGGUAGGAACGUGGCUGACGGACCGGAUGGACCUGCAGCUCCACGUCUAUCAGCUGAAGAUCCUCAUCAGAGUGGUCAAGAAAAAGUACCGCGACUUCCGCCUUCAGGGGGUUCUGGACUCGACGUUGAACAGUAAGAUGUACGAGACGGUGAGGAACCGGCUGACACUGGAGGAGGCCACGGCAUCAGUGAGGGAGGGGGGGAUGCAGGGAAUCAGCAUGAAGGACAGCGACGAAGAGGACUGACUCCGCCCCCAGACGCCAAACCAAACCAAUGUCAGAGCUUGUCAGAGAGCCGACGGCGGAGAACCCACGCAGCCUUUCUGUCGGGUCAAACCCCACCCACCUAAACUCCGCCCACAUCUGUCCGUUAUUUCCACGUUUAGUUUUUUGUUCCUGUAAAAGUUCCGGUCCAGUCAGUCCAUGUGAGUGUAUCGACAGAACAUUCUCUGAUCAUGCACUUAUUGGUUUCUACCAACAUUAAGACACUUAGUUUAAUUAUGUAAAGAUAACAGAUCCAAAACACCGGUUUUAGGACUUUUUCACACCUGCCUUGUUUGGUCCAGACUUUCCAUUUGAUUCAAACCUAAUGUUCAGGUGUGAACCGUCCAGCCGACCUCAGUCUGGAAACACCUAUGGAAAGACCUCUGGACCAACAGCCGAUUAAUGAUGUGGAAAACAAAAAGUAAGUGAAUUAUCAACAUGCUAAUGUCAGACGUCACCAUGUAGAAGACGAGGACGAAAGAAAGGAAGAAAAUUACAGCAAAAAACAAACCAGAUGAAAAGUCAAAUAAAAGGUUGGUUUUUAACAUUCAGGUGUGAAAACACCUUCAGAGAAGCACAAAUGGAAAGGAAAACCCGCCGCGUAGCACAGGCAUCAAAUAAAUUAUAUCCAUCUGUAUGAGCUUCGUCUUUAAGGAAAUAAAACUAUUCCAUCGUAAGUCCUGUGAUGUAAACCUACGUCUACAGACUUUGUACGGGAACAUUGGAGUAAAAGUCUAAAAUAUUUUAACCCUUUAAUGCAUGAAUUAUGGAAACUUUAGUCAAGAUAUUUUUUCCCUGUGUGUUUUUAUUUGU